AUGAUGGAAGACAUGGAGCGCUACUAUGACAUUAAGAAGGGAACAAUCCCUCAGCAUGACAACUUGCUGGCAGUCUCCAAGCCGGAGGAGCCCAAUCACUUCAAGAUGACACGAUCGCAGAAGCUUCGAGCAGAGACGAUGCAGGUGAAGGCGACCCUCACCGAGGAGCAACGGAACACCAUUGCCGCGGAGCUUCAGGAGCGGCUUCGGAAGCGUCCUCGGAUGCCUGCGGGUCUGAACGCCGAUCAGAAAGCGAAGAACCGGGAGAUCGUGAAAAGGAUGCAGAUGAAGGUGAACUUCUUGAAGAAUCCUCGGUUUCUAGCUGACCGAGGAGGCAAAGAUAAGGGCGAGCCGUGCCCUUUUUGGUUCACACCCGACGUGGUGCUGUUUCGGAACUACGAGAUCGGCGGGCUCUACCAGAUCCGGGUGGAGUUCCGCAACUGCACUGGCAUUAGCCGACGUUUGCGGGUCUUACCCUGCAAAAGUGCCGCUUUCUCCAUCAAAGAGCUGCACUACGACAAGGAGCUCAAUUCCCAGCGGCCGGAGCUCGUCGGCUUAGAUCCUCUGGCCGCAGUCGUGGUGCCUGGCCUGGCCGCCCAUCUGGUCGUGCAAUUUGCACCCAGCACGCUGAACGACGAGAACGAUGUGCUGACCAUUUGCACAGAGGUGGGCGACUACGAGCUGCCCUUGCUGUCGAGACGGGAGCAGCCAAGCCUAAAGAUCGCGGAUCCGGUGGACUGCGGCUGCAUGCUUGCAGGCAACAACAUCACUGAAAUGGUGCGAAUUCAUAAUUCUGGAGGUGAAGGUGCCUUUCGGCUGAUUGUGAACGAAGAAGAUCCACCAGAAGAUUACUUCUAUGAGACCUUCCCUGGCUCUGAGAUGUGCUUGGUGGUGGGAUCCUUCUCUGUUUCCCCGGCCUCCUUCUACAUGGAUGCGAAUUCAAGCAUCGAGUUGUGCGUGAAGUUCAAUGCUGACAAGGUAGGACAUCAUCGGUGUCCCAUCUAUGUGGAAGGUGACAAUGGCGAGAGGACCUUGAUGACCUUAGUAGCUGUUUGCGACGCGAUUCGCCUGGAGUUAGCACGUUGGCCAACGCUCAAAGACGAUUUGAAGCCGCUUCCGUGCGAAGAUGGUGUUUCGCCAUGGCAGUUGAUCCCAUGGCGCUUAGAUUGGCUACGGCCUGGCACCCAAGUAGGCCACAUCUCCCAACAGACCAUCGAGAUCGCCAAUGGCGGCUUUAUGCCCAUGCGUGUGGAUUGGCAGUUGGCUCAGCCCCCACGGCUGUCCUCGGCACGACUCUCUGUAGGCUCGCUCAACCGUUUAUCGGAUCGCUUGAUCAACGAGAUCCACAAUUGUCGCCUCCACGUUCCGAGGACCCACUUGAGCUCUUCGUGCCCCUUCAUGGUGGUGCCCUCUUCAGUGAUUUUAAAGCCCUUUAGCCGGCAGAAGUUCACCUUUCAAUUCCAGGCGCAUGGUCCAGUUGGCACCCAAAGCUCGGUGUUCGCAUACCUGGUGGCUCGCGACCUGCCGGACAGCAAGGCCUGCGUCUUGCCCUACAAUAAGUUGUUGGAGCUGCAAGGGGAGAUGAAGUCGGAGGGCCAGUACACCGCGGCGCUGCCGUUGUUCGGCAGCAUUUGCAGUGAACCCUUCGACAAACGGAUCAAGGCGAAUGGAUGCACUGACCCCAUAGAGCUCAAGGUGGCCGAUCCCAAGGACUGCGCGGUGAGCCGGGUGAUCACUGCGGUGUCUCUCCAGGGCCGUAGCGCGGCGCCGACGAUCUCCGCCUUGCCGCGCGUCCUCGCGCUGCCGGGCGACGUGCUGCCGUUCGUGCCCAGCGUGCGGGAGAUCAAGCUCAGCAACUCCGGCGCUCACGCCUCCUUCUUCCGAGUGCGCCUCACCUCCAUGGUCACCGCAGAUGCCAACUCCAGCACUGACCCCCUUUGGGUGGUCUCGGUGCCGGAGGUGGGCGUGAAGCCAGACCUGGGCGAGGCCAAUCCACGUGGGGAUCCCGUCCUGGAGGAGAUGCGGAUGCAGGCCACUCGCCUGGCAAAAGCUUGGCCACCCUUGCCGCCUGAAGCUGGGCGUGAGGGUGCCUCACAGCUGCCUGGCUAUGGCGCUUUGGCAUCCUGCGCUGUGGAGCCUCAUGAGGGGCGCAUCCCCCCGGGUGGCGCCGUCACGCUGCGCGUGACGCUCCGCGUGGUCCAUGAGUGCGACUUCCAUGGACAGCUGGUCAUCGACCUGCCCCUCGAUGCGGAGUCCAGCGAGCUGGCGGCGGCAGCACCACUGAAGGUGGGCAUCACCGCCGCGGUGCGCUCGCCGCGGGCGGAGAUCCGGAGCCGCGACAUCUUGGACUACGGCGUGGUGCGGGCCCAUGCACGCCACACACUGAAAGUGGAGCUGAGCAAUCCCACGGAAAUGCCCAUGCUGCUGCAGCUGCGGCAGUUCAAGGAGCGAGAUCGAGAGGCGCACGUCUUCCCGGUGGAGUCGCACCGACAGGUGGUGAAUCUGUUCUUGGACGCAGUGAACCAGCGAAGGAACCAGGGCUUUGCGGAGAUCGCCUCGGAUCAGUACAUGGAAUUUCCGGCGCAGCCUUGGGUCCAUUCCAAGAGCGGAUGCAUGGAACAGACCGGCCGCGGGAAGUUCGGCACCAGGUCUCCUGAGCAUGCUGAGGAUGAGUCGGUGCACAUCGCGGCAGUGCCAGAUGAAGAGGACUUUGUGUUCUCGCCAGACUUCUUGGCGCUUUGGCCGGGGAAGUGCGGCGAGAUCGAGGUGACGCUGAGGAGUCGAGAGGUGGGGAAGUUCGACGCCCUCUUGGAGGCAGUGGGCUUCAACUCCCUGCAUGCGCAGUGCUUGGAAGUAUUUGCGUCGGUGCAGCUUCCGCUGGUCCGGAUCAACACGCACCACGCACAUUUUCCCGUGACCUAUCUCAGGACCACGUCCGAACCGAUGGACGUGGAGUUGCGCAAUGAAUCCGAUAUGCCAGCGGACUUCCAUUGGAAUGUCCCAAGAGACAACAUGGAAGCAUGCUUAGAAUGCCAAAUUCAGCCAAUGCAGGGCCAUAUCCCACCGCGAGGGAGUCACAGGUGCACGAUCAUUGCCGUUCCCACCAAGCUGGUUGAAGAUGGAGGCCCGGCCUGCUUGCCUUGCCAGCUGUUUGUGGAAGAGAUCCUACAGCCGUUGGAGUUGCGUGUAACUGCGAUCGUCUAUGGCUGCGAAGUGGACUACGCCGUGGUGGAGCCGGGACAGCUGCCACCAGAGAUCUCCCUGCAGCCGCGGCAAGCUGGGGAGUCCGCGUGCGACCCACGGGGCACCUACAUGAUCACCACCGGGCGAGCCUCGCGGAAGUUCCCCAGCGUGGACUUCGGCAGCUUGCCGCUGCAGCAGGCGAAGGUGACCCAUGUGGUGCUGUACAACCGCACGGGGAUUGCCACACCCUUCAGCGUCAAGAUCGACAAGAACCCUGCCUUCGAUCCUUUGGUAAAGGGUCGAAAAAUUGGCGACAACCUCGAUGCUUCGACCCGCAUGUACGCGCUCAUCAAUCAAUCAGGCGGAGCAGAGCCUGAUGAAGAGACGCUGAAGCAAACCUUCGAGAACUCCCCACAGCCUGCAGGAGGAGGUCGUGAUGAAGCAGAUGGCAAGCACCUCGACCUGAAGAGCACCUUGAACAAGACCAAGAAGACAAGCACAAAAAAGAAGAAGUGGAUCUUGGAUGACAAGCACGAGCGUCAAGCCUUCCGUUCCAGCUUCGGUAAAGACUUUGCCAAGCAGAAGGAGAUGAAAGAGCAAGGGCGUAUGGCUUUGAAAGCUGGCCGGGGCUUUGCCGUGAAAGUGAACCCGACCAGCGAUUGGCUGCAGCCCUUUAGCACCACAGUAAUUGCGCUCACUUCCUUCAGUGAUUUACCUGGCCUCAUGGAGGAUGAGCUCCUCCUGACCUUGCGAGAGCUGCCGGGCCACGCGGAGGGCGAAUGCUUCCGGAUCCCCCUCCGCCUGCAAUCGUAUGGCAAUCCGCUCUACCUGCCCGACCAACAAGUGGGUCUCAACAUUUUGUCUUUGCCUCCCAGGCUCAGCUGUGGGGUCACCGUUCCGGCCGAGAAGCAGCUGGUGCGGCGCUUCAAAGUGGGAAACAACUCGGCCGCACGCGUGGUCGUGAACUGGAAGGUCUUCCCCAAGAUGCAGCUGGAGAACAUGGCAGAGGAUCGAAACAUGAUCCACGUGGCCCUCUGUGCGCGUCAUCGGGACAUCAAGGAUCCCUUCAUCCAGCUGCCCAAGAAGGAAGAUCCUGACAAGGAUGUGCUCCAGCUCAAGGUGGAAGAGAAGGAAGUGGUCAUGGAUGAGGAGGAACCAGACCCAGAGGAGCCCUUCAACUUCAAAGUUUGGUGUGAGCCACCUCCAGAGGUGGAUGACCCUUUCUCUUUGAAGGGCAAGGAGCUUCCCAUGGUCAUUGAACCGGAGGAAGCUAUAGUCCCUGAGCACGGCACAGCGACCUUCACAGUGACCAUGACCUGCAUGAAAGCCACCCUCACGGCAGCCAACAAUUAUCGCUACAUCUUGAUUGGUGACUGUCGCUUCACGGCCGACCGGCAGGAGCGCCUGGCCUUCGCAGCUACCAAUCCGGACCAGGACUACGACGACGAGGAUGUCCCGCAGCAUGACCCCUACGUGGCACCUUCUGUGGACGAAGAAGUGAAAGCACUGCCAGAGAUCGAGUUGGAUGAUGAACACGUGGUGGAUGGCGACUCGGACGUGGAGGACGGUGCCACGGCCAAGGAAAAGAAAGAGCUCGCGACUGAGGUGCCCCCAGUGAUGACAGCUGGCAAGAAGUUCAAGAGACGCACCGCGGUCGUGCCGACCCAGCCGUUGGCAGUGGAACCGCAGCUGGAUGUUUUGGCCACCAUUGUGAUCGACUGCACGGGUGACUGUAUUUUGCCUCGACUGACGGUGGACAAGAAGGGCAACCCUGAUGUUGAGGAGUUCCCAGCGCAGAACAAGGAGCAGGAUGACAUUGGCGCCUCAACUGAGCCUCCAGUCUUGAAUGCCCCAGUCUUCAAGUUUAUUUGGCCAGCGAUGGCACAAGAGGGCCCACCCUCUGGAACAGGAUCUGUGCAGGGUGGAGCACUCGGUGGCACACAGAUACCAGGAAUCACCUCAUGCCAGGUACGGCAGAUCAGCCUCUCCAACCACAACGCCUCCAAAGUCACCUGCCGCUUCCGAACGGAGGGUCCCUAUAGGAUCCAGUUGAUUCAGCAACCUGGGCAUCAUCCGGUGCAAGGUUCAAGCUCCAGCUCCUCCAAAAAAAGGCAAAGAGGAGACGAAUGA